GGAUACAUUCAAUCAAAGGGAGAGAAGUUAGUCCUAGCUUAGUACAAACCCUAAUAAAUGUCAGUAUCUAAAUGAACACUGUCCUGGAAAUCUAGAUAAACUCCUGAACUGAUAUCUUUGGAUUUAAACGUUUAAGAGAUGAUAGCAUGGCAUUAUUUGUCUGGCGAGUGCAAUAGGGUUAAUCACUUAGGACUUAGAACCUAUUUUCUGUAUUGAUCCUGUGAAAUGGUAUUUUCUUUUUGAAUGAAUAGAGAAAUCAAGCAUGAUGGAUGAAGAAAACCAGAUUAUAAAACCUCCAAAAGCACCAUCAUCAUCACCACCCCCACCUCCACCUCUCCCACCGCCUAUUAUAUGUGUUCAAGAAGCAGCUAGGACUGUGCAUGUUAAUGAAAACUCACAAAUAAUUUUUAGUCUUACUCAAGCUCUGGAGGAAGACUCUCUAGGGAAGAUGGCCUCAUUGAUUGAAGAGCAAGGCGUUGAUGUCAAUUCUACACUUUCCUUUGGUGUUUGUAUUCUCCUAAAAGCCAUCAGAAGCCGCUCUACAAAAAUAGUAGAUUAUUUAAUAGAGAGGGGUGCGGAUCCUGAAUCUUCUAUCCGGGAUUUGAUGAAGCGACCUUAUGGCUUGGAAGUAGAAUAUAGUGUUUAUUUCAAGCGCUAUGAUCAGUGGUGUGUGGACACCUUAAAGAAACUGCUACCCAGAGUCAAAGACAGGCUUCAAACUAUCAUAGACCCAGAGGGUAGAACUCUGUUGCACUUAGCAUGUUAUUUCCCAGAUUUGACUAUAUUCGAGUACCUGCUCCACCAAGGCCUGAACCCCAACGUCAAGGACAACAGGGGAUCAAGUGUACUAAGCCUGCUGAUCUCUCACCAUGAUACAAAGUCAGCGUAUGAAAUGAUUCAGCUUGUUUUGAAUUUACCAAACACAGAGGUAGAUAUAAGAAAUGAUUUUGGUUCUACGCCACUUUACCAGAGUUUUUUAAUGAACCGGUUGGAUUUCUUUUACCUCUUGCUACGCAAAGGAGCAGAUCCUUUCAUGCGUACUAGCUCAGGGAAUACUUUGAUGCACUGUCCAUUUCUUCAUGCAUAUAAAUAUCUGAUUUUAUAUGAUCUCGGUCUAAACAUGAAUGUUAAGAAUAAUUCUGGGCUUCGGCCCUUACAGAAUAAAGCAGAGCUUAACUUUGAUUUCUUUAUUUUGAUUCUGUUAGGAAGAGAGGUCCUUGCUGAAGAAUACUCUAAAAUGGAGAAGACGUUUGAGCCAAGGGUUGUCCUUAGAAUAAAAGAAAAGGUAGAGAGGGGGGAUUUUUCAGCUAUACGACUGCAAGCUCUAUGUAGGCAAACAAUUAGGAGCACAUUAUUUAAGGUAGAUCACAGUGGUGUAACUGAUAGCAUCUGGCUUCUUCCCCUGCCGAAACCAUUACGCUUGUAUUUAGAUGUAACUCUGUAUGCCCAGCAUUUGUUUGAGGCCUUGAGUCGGUAGUACUCAUGAGGUGGGUUGUUUUUUUUCUCGGGAGAAGUUGCAAUCUAGUCUGCAUUCGUCUGGUAUGGUUUUUGCUUUUAUAAUUUUAAAGUAGUCACCAUGCUAAGCUCAUUGUACAUUUGCCUUUAUGCAAAUAAGGCAUUUAUAAUUUAUUUAUUUAUUUGUACAGUACUUCUUUUAUGUUUAUAUGUUAUUUAGAAGACAGACGUGCUCAUUUUUGUUCUGUUCUAGUCAAAUUAUAAAUGUGAAACUAAAUAAAAACAUGACAAGCAGAUAAUGAUUUUUAAAAAUAAUUACUCUUAAACCCAAAAGUCAGUAAAAAAAAUAAAGAAGUAGAACUCUUCUGUUUCUGGGGGUCACUGACAUUGUACCUAAUUCCUUACAUUUACCACCUGAAAUAAGGUUGUUAGGAUUUGUGCUGAAAUUCCCAAUGAGUUAGGCUGUACUUAAGUUGCUCCCAUAAACUGUGGUUUCGAUGAUGUUUAAACACAUAAAGGCAAGACCAAGUGGUCAUAUUCACACUAGUCUUGUAUGUAGAAUUCCUUAUGUCAAACUAGAAAUGAUGGGUUUCUUAAUCAUAAUUUUUAAAAAUAAAGGUGCCUAUGUAAUGUGCUAACCACAACGCCACCGUAGGCCAAAGAAAACUAGUAAACGAAAACAAAAUCUAUGCAUCUUUUCCAUAGGUUUUGCUAUUUAUUUAUUAUUUUUUUGGAAAUCUUGUUAUACAGUAAAUUUGUUAGGAAAAUAGACUUCAUCUUUCAUUCUUAAAUUACAAUUAAGAGCUUUUAAAGUAUGAGAGAUCUUUCAACAAUUAUUCAUUUCUGAUCCAUAGAUCUAAGAUUAAGAUAUAUUUAUAAUCAUUUCACCCAACUGUCAAUCUCAGGAAAUUAGUUAUUAAAAUAUGUAUUUAUAUAAUUUACAAACACUUGUUCUAAGUGCUCCACCUCACAAUGACCAGUAUUUAGGAGACAAAAGAAUUUGGAAUAUUAAAAAAAAUGUAUCAGUUUUAUCCCAUCCAGCCUGACAAAACAAAAUUUAUUCAUGUGCUUUUUUGUUAAUAAUAAAAUGGUUGUGGAUAUUUG